AUGGCUGGUCCUUCUGCUCAGCUAAGACCCUACGACUCGGUCCUCCCGUACAAGCGUGUCGAGUUCAGCACGUACGACUCAACAACUUUGAGAGGAAACUUGUACCAUGGCACAAACGCGCCAAAGCAAGCACCCAUUGUCAUCUUCACCCACGGGAUCGGGCUGGUAAAGGAACAGUAUCUCGAAAACUGGUUCCGCCAUUUUCUACAGGCGGGCUAUCACGUCCUCACCUACGACAACCGAUGCUUCGGAGACUCGGAUGGUCUACCGCGGAAUCACUUCAACUGGGUGCUCCAGGCCGAGGACUUUAUCGAUGCUGUGACAUAUGUGUGCAGUCUUCCCGAGGUCAACUCGGACAGAGUCUUUGGAUGGGGGGUGGCCCAUUCGGGAGGGCUGAUUGCCAUUGCAGCUGCCCUAGAUAAGCGCAUUGCCGGCAUCAUAAUGUUCCUGCCCUGUAUUGACGGCGCCUGGGACAAGAGCCGCUGGGGCGAAGAAACCUGGAAAGCCGCACAACGCCAUCGCUAUCAAGGGAAGCUCAGCGACGCAGAGUCCAUACCAUUUUGGCCGCUGACUGAUGAUCAAGCUGCCGGCGUUGGGGGCUCGGUGCUUUCAGGCGACUAUGUGCGUGACUGGUCCGUCGUUGCGCAAACAUUGGCGAAGCAGGGCGGAAACACGUCCUUUACCGGUCGGCUGACCUUGGCCAGUUUCUGGGAGGAUUUCAAUACUCGACCGACAGACUGGUUUGCUGCCAUUCAGGCGCCGGUGUUGUGGGUCAUGGCGACGAAUGAUGUAGUCUGCGGACCGCUAGAAUUUACUCGAGGGUGGUAUGACAAGCUGCAGUGUCCCAAGGAGAUUUGUGUUCUGGAUGGGGAGCACCUGGCGCAGUAUUUCAACCCUGGUUUCCCCAAGAGCGUCGAGGCCAUGUUAUCGUUUCUUGGAAAACACGCUGCAUAA